CGGAGCGGAGCCCGGUCCCGAGAAGGAGGAGGGACGGGAGAGUCGGUGCCCCCCCGGUGUCUCUGUCGCUGCCCGGUGGACAUGGACCCCGGGUCGCUGGACGCAGCCGUGCAGAGUGCCCUCCAGGCCCUCUACCCACCCUUCGAAGCCACGGCCCCCACCGUCCUGGGCCAGGUGUUCCGGCUGCUGGAGAGCAGCUUCCGCGGGGAUGGGCUCUGCUGCCUGCUCCAGUUCCUCAUCCCGGCCAAGCGCCUCUUCGAGCACGUCCGGCAGGCUGCCUGCGCUCCCUACUUCAACUGCAUCUUUCUCCACGAAGGCUGGCCCUUGUGUCUCCACGAGAAGGUGGUCGUCCACCUGGCACCGCUCAACCCCCUGCUGCUGCGCCCCGGGGACUUCUACCUGCAGGCAGAGCCCUGCCAGGAGCACUCUGCCCGCAUCACCCUCAAGCACCUGUCCCGGGACCUGAGCAGGGUGGAGGAGACGCCAGUCCCCGAGGCCGCCUACCCGCUGCUCUUCACCAACGAGUGGCUGGAGGAGAUCAACAGCGCCCGGGACACAGCCCCGCUCCGCACCUGCCUGGUGGCCACCGAGAGCGGCGUGGCCCCGCUGCCCUGGGGCAGGAUUGCCACCCCCGAGUUCAUCGACAAGCCCAAAGGCGGAGGUGGCAGCAGCCAGCACGGCCCCGCUCCUGGAAGCGCAGCUGAGCUGGCGGCACCCAGCAUGACCCUGCCCCGCGGCGCGGUGGACGUCUCGGCGCCCUACGGCAAUGUCGCGGGCACCAUCCCGGGCUGCAAGGUCAGCCCUCGGAAGCCGAGCCAGGGAAGAUACCCAGGCCUGAUCAAGGUGGAGCAGGUGGGGCAGCAGAAGGCGCCAGCCCUGCUGGCCAUGCCCAGCCUCUACGAGAUCAUUAGCCAGAACCUGGAGGGGGAGUAUGUGGACCUGCUCGACUCCUCCCAGGGGCAGCCGGACCUCCUCUCCAGGUCCCCACCACCUGCCCCCCUGGUGGGGCCGAUGGGGACCAGGGCCCAGACAACGCUCGCCAGGACAAAUGGGGACCAAGGGGCAGAUGCCCGGCCCUGUGUGGGGGCAUCAAGCUCGAAGGAGGGGCCCUGUACCCCCUGCCUGGAGAGGAAGCUGGGCCAGGAGCUGGGCACGCACGGCACACGGUGCCGCCCCCGCGACUCCUACCUGGCGGCGCUGCAGAACCCUCUGAGCUUCGGCCCCGGGCUGAUGGAUGCCAUCCUGGAGGAGUCUGACAGCUCCGGCCCCGAGCCACCCCCUGCCACCCCUCGUGAGACCCCCGUGCAGCGCGGGACGGGGGCUGGCAGCCCCACCCCCCUCACCCACCAUCCCCACCAAGCGAGUCCCGGGAUGCCAGCGGAGGGACGGGCACAGCAGGGCAGCCCCCGGCUGCCCAUGGGCUCCAGUCACAAGUUCUCCUUCCUGAGGGGCUCCCGGCUUGGGGCAGCCCCCGGGGAUGAAAAAGCCCCCAGCCAGCAGGAGGGGGCCUGGAAGAAGGUGUCUGCCAUCUACUCACCCCGCAUGGGCAGAGCCAAGCCAGCUGGGAAAGGUACUGACGCAGCAGAGGAACGGCCCCUUGAAAGUACCAGCUGCAAGAACAGUCCCUCCUUGCCCAGCACCCAGGCGCCACCAGCCUGGCAGGACCUGCACGCCGAGCUGCUGCGCUCGGGCAUCGUGUGCCUGCCAGGCAGCUCGGACAGGCUGGGCAGGGCCCUGCUGCAGGUGAGCACCAGUGGCAGUGCCUGGGGAGCUGCGUGGUGCUCGGGCAGUGAGCUGGCAAGACUCAUCCUCUACCUCUGCUCCUUGCCCAGGCAAGGAGCAAAGGACUCAGGGCUGACCGUGGUGGUGGAUGCCAGGAAGCAGCCUCCAGCUCCUGCCCUGUUCUCUGCCCUCCGCUCUGCCCAGAGCGCCGCUCCAGGCUGCAUCCACAGCGUGCUGCUGCUGGCCGAGAAGGAGCUGCCUGCCCACCGCCAGAGGGUGCCCGGGGCACAGGUGGAGACCCUGGCAUCUCUGCGGGCUCUGGGCCGUUUCGUGGACAGCUCCCAGCUGAGCCCGGAGCUGGAGGGGUCCUUCCCCUACUGCCACGGCGAGUGGGUGCAAUUCUUCCAGAAGCUGGACCCCUUUGUGGCCGCGCUGAGGCAGGCGUCAGAGCUGCUGCAGAGCUGCAUCCAGGAGCUGCAUGGCACCGAGGAGCUGGCAGGGACACAGGAUGUGGCUGCCUGCAUCCAGAGGCACCAGGCGCUGAUGGGGAGGGUGCUGAGCGACCCCCAGCUGGUGCAGCUGCAGCGCCAGGGGGGCUCUGUCCUGGCCAGGCUGCGCAGGGAGAGCUCCCAGCUCCGCGCCUCGGCCCACGUCAGGAGCAGCACGGAGCUGGCCGAGCGGCUCUACAGCCAGCUGGAGGAGCAGCUCCAUCACCUGGUGUCGCAGUCCAACGGCUGCCUGCAGUGGCUGCAGCUCCUCCGCAAGGCCCGGGAGCUGCAGGCGGAGUUCAGCACGCUGGGUUGCUGGAUGGAUGGAGAGGCAGCAGCUCGGCUGCAGGAGAUGGGCACCGAGGAGCCAAACCCUGACAGCUCCCAGGGCUCUGCUGAGCGAUUCAAUGAGUUCCUCAUCCAGGCAACGGCUCGGUACCGGCAGGGGCUGGCCCUGUGUCAGGAGGCGGCGGAGCUCCGGGCCGCGGCGUCCCCCGAGGCUGAUCCGUUGCGGGCGGCUGCGGCGCAGUUCCAGAGCAAGCUGCUGAGCUUCCUGGGGCAGCUGGAGCGGCGGCAGGAGGAGCAGGAGCUGCUGCGGGAGCUCGGCUGCGUCUCCAGCAAGCUGGCAGGGCUGCAGCUGGACUGCGGGCAAUGCCCGGCCCGGGCACGGCGUGGUGAGGGCCAGGAGCUGCAGUGCCUGCAGAGCUCCUUCCAGAAGCUGUCGGUGGAGUUUGCCCUGGAGAAGCUGCAGGAGAUGAAGGCUCAGGUGCGCAGGAUGCAGAGCAGCCAGGGGCUGGCAGCCUGGACCGAGGCACGGCACAGGUACCAGGAGACCCGGCAGGUCCUGCAGGAGAUGCUGGCAGAGCUGCAGGAGGCCCGGGGAGCACAAGCUGAAGGGCAGGGAGAUGCCUGCAGCCCCCCCGGCUCAGGGUCUGCAGCCCCUCGCCAGGAAGCUCCACUCUGCGAGGCAGCCACCAGCCCCAGGCAGGGGGUGCUGGGGGGCCGGGGGCCAGGGGAGCAGCCAGCGCCCAGGGCCAAGGGGCCAGGCCAGCCCCAGGCCAGCAGCGUUCCCAGCCCCACGCUGGGUGCAGAGCCGAGCUCCCCGCAGCCCCGCGGGCAGGGGCACCGUGCCCCCCACCGCGGCUCUGCUGACACCUCCCUGUCCAGCCCCGAGGGCAGAGCCAGCCCGGGAGCGGCAGGACACCUCGCCCAGGAUCACAGCCAGCCCCCUCAGAGGCAUCCCUUCACCCUGCCUCCCCGGGCACGUUUUCUGGGUGCUGAUCCAUCGUGCACCCCCUCUGUGCCCCUCGGGACUGCCUCAGCCCCUGGCACACGGGGGCUGCCUGCAGAGAAGCGGGCAGAAGCCACUCAGUACUUCCAGGUCUCCAGCCAGAGCAGCUUCUCCUCCGAAGACUCAGACUCACAGAACUCCACUGAGGAGAGCCCAGCAGCGAGCCUGGCUUUGCCCCGGGACCUCCAGGGUCCCAGAGCACCUUGUCCCCCCGAAAAGCCCCCCCAGAUUGUCUACCUGGAGAACCACCACACCAAGAGUCCAGCUAAAGCCAACGUCAAGUAGAGCCAAACCCUUCCACUCGGGGCUGGCUCUGCCUAGCUGGGGAGGUCUCAGUCGCCAACUGGAUGGGACAGCCCCCGCUUGGAGGUGGGCUGCUGAGACCCCGUGCCCAGCCCUCAGCCCCAGAGCCCUCCAGUUCCCAGUCUUAGCACUGCCCCCACCGUGAGACUGCAACAACUUUGGCUCCAGCCUCAUGAGGCUCAUGAAGCCUCUGCUAGGUGUGCAGCAACCUGUGCCCGGGGUGCAGGACCCCUCCUGGGGCCAGCCAGGUCUGCCCAGGACAGCUGGGAAGCUCCCUGCAGCUCUGCUUGGAGCAUCCCAUGGGAGCAGAGCUGUGUUUGUGCCCACCAGCCCUACCACCCUGCUAGGUGGUUCCACUGCCCCCUGCACUGCUGCUGCAGCCCUGGCCAGGUGGCAGCGAUGGGCAUUUUGUUCUUGCACUCUCAUUAACGUAGGACUAACAUCAUUAGUGGUAAUAAACUCAAAGGGAAGCACCCAG